AUGGCUUCCAACGACGGUCGUGUUCCCCCUCAGCCUAACGGGACCAGCUUGGAUGACAAUGCAGAUUCGAGACGACUUCACCCAACUUUAAGCAAUUCUAUAUCCAACGAUGGAGGCACCCAGAGAUCCCGAGGGCCUUCGAUUACUCGACAAGGUUCCACCAAAUUUGAUCCGUCGAGAUGCAAUCAAACCCAACAACCUAUAAAUGACGCGAUCACUUCAGCCUUCAACAAUACUGAUGCCGCCUCUGCUACCUCAUUCUCGCCUGAGCUACUUCAGCAAAUCACCUCACAGAUCACUGCAAAUGUUUUGCAGCAAUUGAAAGCAUCCAACUUCGCCCCUCCUCCCCUUCAGCCGCAAACGUCCGGCUCCCAAAUGGAUGCCGCCUCCUCCACCGCUGGGUCUCCUCCGCUGGAUCGAGCAACCGUCUACACUCCUCCUUCGCCCUAUCGUGCUUCCGAAGAUGCUGGGAUGGGUCCACAGUCCCCUCAAUUCCCUUCACCUCCAAGCCAACCGCCCUUUCUACCUAGUUCACUCUCCGGUGAAAAGAGAGCCGUUUCACCUUUGAGUCAGGGUGGUCGCCUAUCUGAAGGUGAUAUACCUCAAGAACGACCAAGUAGGCCCAAAGGCCCAAAAAGGAUGCCUACCGGCGGAGAUACAACCACUCUAGAACGUGUAUGGGGUGUUUUAUUCAACGAGCAAGGCCAAGCUACACCUCGAUUGGGACAAUUUCUACGUGGAAUUGCAGUUCACUUGAUUGAGGACUACGAGCCAAAACACAGUUUGGUGAUUACCCCGACCAAAUUACAAAGAUACUACGAGGAGACCAAACUUGCCAAUGAACUUUACCCGUGGAAAAUUGUCUUUGACGACCGGACCUCUUCGAUAUCUCGAAUGUUCCGAGAGAUUGAGGCUCAACACCAUCUGGUGCAGGAUAAACUAAACGAGAGACCGGAUGUACCUGGUCUAACCCCUCAGGGUUUUGAAACGUGGGUGACAUUGCUCCUCAAGGCGCACCCGGAUCAAGAAUACGAGAGAUUGGCCAAGACGGCCUUGGACAUGCCCAUCAGCAACCCCGAUGAGAAGAAAGAGCGCUUCCCUAAAGAGCUUUCAAGACGACUGUUCCCAAACCGUCCUGAUACCGAGAUAGCAUAUAAACUCCAGAGGGCGAUGUCAACUCAUUGCAAUGUCAACUUUGGUCCUCUCCAGGGAAGUACAGCGAGUACAACAGGCUCAAACAUUCGAGCCUCACAAUCAAGCCAGCCAGCUGAGGAUCAAGCUCAAAAGCCGAACCUCCGACCUCCAACAGAGAAACUGGAUUCCGUUAACAGCGCGACUCAGCCAAGCCCAACUUUGUCACAUGUCAGCAUCGAACAACAACGACAGCCAUACUCAAGCGUUCCCGCUGACGGGGCCGAUGGCGUAGGUGAGGAAGAAACGGAAGAUACCCCCACCCGGCAGCCCAUCGAGCGAGAGCGAAAGCCGUAUGUCGCUGCCCCAGGAGGCGGAAAGAAUUAUGACAACAUCGACAAACCGGCCGCAGUAACGGAAUCAAAGCCACCGCUUCCUCCCCCGGAAGUCAAGCUGGGGCGCUCAAGUUCUGUCCAUGCUACUUCCAGGACAAAUGAUAUGUCGAGAACAGGACCGAACCCAAUCUCUAUUCACCAGAGGCCACCCCCCCCUCGGCCGAUGGAGAUCCCUGAAACUCGGCACCAUCGCUCCAAUAGCACUUACCAUAGAGAUCAACCCCGGCCUGGCCAUAAUCGGUCUCCGUCCAUGACGACGGAAAACGGCGGACCCUCGUACAUGCGCCGAUCAGAGAAUGACGCUCCUUAUACGCCUUCAACGCACCAUUCUUUCAAUGGAAAUGAUCAAUAUGAGGACGCCAGACGAUUCAAAGAAUACGAAGCUCAUCGAGAACGUCUCGCGAACGACCGCUAUGAUGCAGCCAGAAUGUCCGCAUAUGACCCCCGAGAACGUGAGAGAGACCGAGAAAACAGGCCGCGUAUGCAGUCCGUCUCAGGAUUCGACGGUCCACAUGGUGCACGCGGUCCGCCGGCGUACUCUACGUCAGUCCCAGCCACAGAGGAAGACUACUACCGCGACCGCAUGCAUACAUCCGGUACAGCAUCCUACAGCAUGCCGGCCUCAAUCAGCACUGGAUUUCAACCCCCACCCUCAGGCAUGAUGAGGGAACCAUCUUCCUCGGUUGGUAGGGAUUCUGCUUAUGGAUCAUAUACACCUACCAGCGCAUAUCCACCAAGCAGCUACCGGGACGUACGAUGA